GUUCAGAUCGCCUGAAGUAAAACAAAAAAUGCUCCGGUCACUUCGUCUCCGCCGCUCCGUCGGCCAUUCUCUCGGAACCCUAUAUCCUUCUUCAUCCACCAUCCGGUCUCUAUUUUCGCCUCACCGUACUCUCUGCACCGCCGGUCAAACAUUGACUCCACCACCGCCGCCACCGCCACGUCCUCCACCUCCGAUUCCGUCCACCGCCUCAGAAGCCGAAUUCCGUAAAUACGCCGGAUACGCAGCACUCGCUGUCUUCUCUGGAGUCGCUACAUAUUUCUCAUUUCCAUUCCCUGAAAAUGCUAAGCACAAGAAGGCUCAAAUCUUCCGUUACGCUCCUUUACCUGAAGAUCUUCACACUGUCUCUAAUUGGAGUGGUACUCAUGAGGUACAGACUAGGAAUUUUAAUCAACCGGAGAAUCUAGCUGACCUCGAAGCUCUCGUUAAGGAAUCUCAUGAGAAGAAGUUAAGGAUCCGACCCGUUGGAUCGGGUCUCUCGCCUAAUGGGAUUGGUUUGUCUCGCUCCGGGAUGGUGAAUCUAGCGCUCAUGGACAAAGUUCUAGAGGUAGAUAAAGAGAAGAAGAGAGUUACGGUGCAGGCUGGGAUUAGGGUCCAGCAAUUGGUUGACGCCAUUAAAGACUAUGGUCUGACUCUUCAGAACUUUGCCUCCAUAAGAGAGCAGCAAAUUGGUGGUAUUAUUCAGGUUGGGGCACAUGGAACAGGUGCUAGAUUGCCUCCUAUUGAUGAGCAGGUGAUCAGUAUGAAGCUGGUUACUCCUGCAAAGGGAACAAUUGAACUAUCAAGAGAAAAAGAUCCGGAGCUCUUUCAUCUAGCUCGAUGUGGCCUUGGUGGACUUGGAGUUGUUGCUGAGGUCACCCUCCAAUGUGUUGAAAGACAUGAACUUGUGGAGCACACAUACGUCUCAAACUUGCAAGAAAUCAAGAAAAAUCACAAAAAAUUGCUCUCUGCAAACAAGCAUGUUAAGUACCUAUAUAUUCCUUAUACCGACACAGUCGUGGUUGUAACAUGCAACCCUGUAUCAAAAUGGAGUGGGCCACCUAAGGACAAACCAAAGUACACUACAGAGGAGGCUGUACAGCAUGUCCGUGAUCUCUACAGAGAGAGCAUUGUGAAGUAUAGGGUCCAGGACUCUGGUAAGAAGUCUCAUGACAGCAAUGAGCCAGAUAUAAAGGAGCUUUCGUUUACAGAGUUGAGAGAUAAGCUACUUGCCCUCGAUCCUCUCAAUGACGUUCAUGUUGCAAAAGUAAAUCAAGCUGAGGCGGAGUUUUGGAAAAAAUCAGAAGGAUAUAGAGUAGGGUGGAGUGAUGAAAUUCUGGGCUUUGACUGUGGUGGUCAACAAUGGGUAUCAGAAUCUUGUUUUCCUGCUGGAACCCUCUCCAACCCUAGCAUGAAAGACCUUGAAUACAUAGAAGAGCUGAAAAAACUAAUAGAAAAGGAAGCAAUACCAGCACCUUCUCCAAUAGAGCAGCGAUGGACGGCUCGAAGUAAGAGCCCCAUUAGUCCUGCCUUCAGCACUGCAGAGGAUGACAUUUUCUCAUGGGUUGGUAUAAUCAUGUACCUCCCGACAGCAGACCCUCGCCAGAGGAAGGACAUCACAGAUGAAUUUUUCCACUAUAGACAUUUGACACAGAAACAAUUGUGGGAUCAAUAUUCUGCGUAUGAACAUUGGGCUAAAAUUGAGAUACCAAAAGAUAAAGAGGAACUUGAAGCCUUACAAGCAAGAAUCAGAAAACGUUUCCCAGUGGAUAAAUACAACAAAGCGCGCAGGGAGCUGGACCCAAAUAGAAUCCUCUCCAACAACAUGGUGGAAAAGCUCUUCCCAGUCUCCACCACUGCUUAAAACAUUUUCACCAAUAGGUUAUUUCCUCUUUUUGGGAUCCUAUGCAUCUUUUUAUUGCAUCUAUAAAUGUCGUUAAGAAGAGGAUAAAGAAUGAGUGAAGCCAAUAUAUUUGUCACAAAAACUGUACAUUGAGAGUUUUACUACUCUUUUCACAAUUCCUAUGAAUAAAUUUUGAUCUUCAUG